AUGUGCGUUCCCCUACUGUACGCAUUCUUUUGCACGUGCGAUGAGUGUUUUCACCAACGAGCAGCCACCGUCAGAACCAUGAAUGACCAUAUGGCUAUUCUAUUUCUGCUUCUCAUUCAGAGCCAACGUCGAAAACAGGCCAUAACAUUCAGGCAAAAGUUGUCAGCCGAGGGACGAAAAAGAAGAGACCGCAGGAUAUCAAGAGCUGCCUUGCAGCACCCGUCGAUGUCUACGUUUUCGGUUCUCUACGGAUCUGGCUGUGAUAGAUCCCUAAUUACUCUAACAGGGCUCGAUCACCACGCAUUUCGUAGACUGCUUGAAAAAUUCGCACCCGCCUUCGAACGAUUUUCUCCGUACUGUAGCGAGGGAAUGAUAAGGCUCCUCCCGCUGCGUUCGAAAAAGCGUGGUCGCCCGCGUUCGUUGUCAGCUUGCCAAUGUUUAGGUCUCGUACUUUCUUGGGGAAGAUCCAGGGGUUCCGAGAUGGUUUUGUGCCUCAUUUUCGGCAUCACAGGCUCAGUUUGUUCGCUUUUCUUACGGUUUGGGAGGCGAAUAUUACUCCAACAACUCUCUGCAGACGACAUGGCAGCUGUGCGCAUGCCAUCAGAUGACGAAGUGAAUGUCUUUAAGCAUUCUUUUGCAUCAAAAUAUUCUAUGCUUUCUGACGUAUAUGCAGUUGCUGAUGGGCUCAAGCUAUAUCUGCAGCAAUCCGGGGACUCCGUUAUCCAAAAUAUGUUUUAUAAUGGAUGGACCCAUGACCAUUAUGUUGGGAAUGUUUUUGUGUUUGCCCCAAAUGGAACGAUUAAAGCGUGUGCGGUGAACGCACCCGGGGCGAUGCAUGACUCGACGAUAGCAGAUUGGGGUAACAUUUACAAAAAACUGCAAGAUGUGUAUGAUAGAACUGGUGGCCGCUGUGUUGUCGAUUCGGCUUUUUCGAAAGGAAACCAUCCGUUUCUUAUCAAGUCUAGUCAGGACUACCUAAUCAACGCUGAGCACGACCCGUCUCGUUGGGUUGAAUCAAAUCUUGAACUCGUACAUGCCCAACAUGAGCGUCGACGCGAAUUAUUUUCUCAGCAACAACACCGUCAUCCCUGA